GCCCUCGCCAAGACGGGAUUCACCGCCGCGUUCGCGCUCAUCUUCGUCAGCGAACUCGGCGAUAAGACGUUCUUCAUCGCGGCGCUGCUCGCCAUGAGGCUCGGUCGCUUCACCGUCCUCACCGGCGCCGUGUGCGCGCUCUCGCUCAUGAGCUUCAUCUCCGUCGCCAUUGGCAAGUUUUUCCAGCAGAUCCCCGCGGCGAUGACCACAACUUUGCCCGUGGGCGAGUACCUCGCCGUGGCGCUCCUGCUCUUCUUCGGCGUCCGCACCCUCAAGGAGGCGCUCGACAUCGACGAGGACGGCGACGACGAGGACGGUGAGCUCGCGGACGCGCAGGAAGCCGUCAGCAAGAGCGCCGGCGCGGGGAACAAGAAGACGGGCUUCAUCGCCGGGUUCUGGGAGACGUUCACGCUCGUGUUCAUCGCCGAGUGGGGCGAUCGUUCCAUGCUCGCCACGAUCGCGCUGGGCGCCGCGCAGUCGCCCCUGGGCGUGGCGCUGGGCGCCUCGGUCGGUCACCUCGUGGCGACGCUCAUCGCAGUCGUCGGCGGGGCGCUGCUCUCGGAGAAAAUCUCGGAGAGGCAGGUUGGCAUCACGGGCGGCAUCCUCUUCAUCGUCUUCGCGGUGGCCACCCUCGCGGGGGUGUUCUGA